AUGGCGUCGUUUUGCAGAUCGGCGAUAACGGCAAGCUCAAGGUCUCUGGCAUCUCGAUCCAAAACAGUAACUCAGAAAACACUAAACGCAAAAUCCAUGUCUUCUCCUUUCACUUCAACACCAACACCAACACGAACUAUCCUUGUCACUUCAAGGGUUGUUUCAGUUUUAGGGAGUGUGGAGUCAUUGAUGCCACUUCACAGUGCAAUUUCAAAUGCUAGACUCAAAUCUAACAUCGCUGUUGAUUCUUCUUGCUGGAGCUGGCUCUCUCAAGCAUUUCUUAGUCAGGAGGCGUUGCACGAUAGGAAACAUGGAGUUCUUUUCCAAUCCAUCGAUCGUCAGCCACAAAUAGCAUCUCAAUUUUGUGAUGAGUUCUUUUAUAACCUUGUCAUACCAAUUGGAGACACAAGUGUUCCUAGAGGGCUCAAAUUCGAUACCAUUGGAUUGUGGAGGCCCCUAAGAGAGAGACAAAGAUUGGGUCUUGAAGAUACUAGUGUGCAAGCGAAUCAAGGUCGAAGAUUCAUAUUGAGGAGGAGGGUUGAUUUCUUUAUGGUCAUGGAGAAUUCUUAUGAAACUUCUAACGGGAAUGGCCCCACAGAAAAUGGCCAUAAAGUUAUUAGGCACAAUCCUUAUCAACUUAGAUCAUUACCUUGGCUUGAUUUAAGACUUUUCUAUGUUCGAGUUAGCAAAUGUGAGAUUGGGGACUUCACUCCGGAGCACCUUUCUGUGAACCAUAUUCCAUUAUAUCCUGAUACCCUUCUUGAAGUAAAUGGUGUUAGAACUUCUAUCAACUCUGACGGUGCAUCAACCACUCUUAGGAGGGAUAGAUUGGAUAAGAAAUCUGAGGAAGCCACAUUUGUCAGCACUGAUGGUAUAAGGAUGACAGGGAGUGUGAAGUUUGAGGUUUUUGAUAAGGAUGUGCUUAUAUUAUCUGGUGCUCUAGAAGCGUGUUGUUGCAAUGGUUUUGUAGGGGAAUCAAGGAACCAUGACCAGAGAUGGACCAUGAAUUGUGAAUCAGACAUGACUAUAGGCACCAGCUUCCUGAAGGCUAAACAAUUUGUGGGCCCAGAUUCAGAGAUGCCUACAAUUGAGGUCUAUGUUGCAGGAUCUUUCUCAGGCACUCCAAUUAUCUUAACCAAGACUUUGCAGCUCGGUUUUCGGAAGAAGCAAAUAAGAAAGGGGAUAUUAGAUUCCAUACCAGAAUAUGAGGCAACUGAAAGCCAGGACAAUGCCCCUUCCAGGAUUCCUUUAGAGUUAUCUGAAUACUCAAAUCACAAGCCAGAAAAUGAAGACUACUGCCCCCUGUACCCAGCAACAGAAUUUAUGGAUGGUGAAGAUGGUGAAAUGUCAUGGUUCAAUGCUGGCGUUAGAGUGGGUGUUGGCAUUGGCCUAAGCAUUUGUGUUGGAAUUGGGAUAGGCGUGGGCUUGCUGGUUCGAACUUACCAAGGCACCACCCGCAACUUUAGAAGGCGGCUACUAUAA